UCCGUGUUCAGUGACGUGUUUUGUACUAGCCUUUUUUUUUAAUAUAUACACACACGCUGAACCAUUUUCCAUCUCAGACUUAAAUUUAACCGGGACCUGAGACUUCACUCUUUUUUUUUCUUUUUGCUCCUAAAUUCAUGAUUUUUAAUCACCCCUUUCGAUUUAAUUAUUUAUUUUGUUGCCUCGAUAGACCCGUUAUUUAGCGCCGUCCACCUCCUCUCCCCUGUUCCCUCCAUCCCCUUCUCUCUCUGGGAGUGCAAGGCGCUGCGAAGCUCGGAAAUUUAAAAAAGAGAGAGAGAGAGAGAGAGCCUGCAGCAGCAGAGCAGUGACCAUGGACUUCUAUCUGCAAGUUUCCUGCUAACAGCAGACGAGCAGAGGGCGGGACAACCGUCCACAACUUCCACCAGCACCAACUUUCCAGUGAGUCGAAAAGAAAGAGAGAGAAAGAGACAGAGGCAAGAGAGAGGACAAGAGCAAGAAGGAGAGAGGAGAGCGGGUGAACACAGUCGAUGGAUGCUGUCCGGAUCGAGGGGACAGCACGUUCUUCACUGACGAGGAAAAGAAAGAUUUCAAAAUUGAGUCGAAGGAUAGAAACUCGCCGUCAGGCAUGGUGUGUGAGAAGGGGAUCCAGAUCCUUCUCACCACCGUGGGGGCAUUCGCUGCCUUCGGCCUGAUGACGGUGGCAAUAGGCACGGACUACUGGCUGUACUCCCGUGCCCUCAUCUGCAACAGCACAGCCAACGUGACCCAGGAUGACCCUCAUAAUAAGGACAAGAAGGACCCUGGUGCUCUCACCCACUCCGGUCUAUGGAGAAUAUGCUGCUUGGAAGGAGUGAAGAGAGGAGUGUGCUCUCAGAUUAACCACUUCCCAGAGGAUGCAGACUUUGACCAUGAUGGGGCAGAGUACGUCCUACGGGUAGUCAGGGCUUCCAACAUCUUCCCCAUCCUUAGUGCCAUCCUUCUGCUAAUGGGAGGAGUUUGCAUUGCUGCUAGUCGUUUCUAUAAAAGCAAAAGGAAUAUUAUCCUGGGGGCAGGGAUCCUCUUCGUGGCUGCAGGUCUGAGCAACAUAAUUGGUGUGAUUGUCUACAUCUCAGCUGCGCUGGGGGACAUUUCUCCGAAGAAGGAUGAGGAUAAGAAAUGGCAGUACUCCUAUGGUUGGUCCUUUUACUUUGGAGGCCUUUCCUUCAUUAUGGCUGAAAUGGUGGGGGUGCUGGCUGUCAAUAUCUACAUCGAGAAGAACAAAGAGCUCCGCUGCCGUUCUCGCACCGACAUUUUCAAAAGUACCACGCACGCCAUGCUCCGCCUGCCCAGCUACCGCUUCCGCCGCCGCUCUCGCUCCUCAUCCCGUUCAACCGACCCUUCCCGCUCCCGAGACCCCUCGCCUGUGGGGGGAGGUGGAGGAAAGAACUUCGGGCUGCCCCCCUCUGCACUACUUUCCCAGGGCCCCAUUUCAGUGUCCACUCUACCCAACCCGCACUCUCGCUCCCACACAGCCCUGGCUGGAGGAGACAUCUCCCUGUACACGUUGUCCCGUGACCCCAAGCUGGGAGGGUUGCCGCCCAUGUAUGGAACGGUGGACAGGGCCACGCUCUACCAGCUCCACAACUGCUUUCCAAAGGAUGGAGGCGUAGGGGGAGGAGGGGUGAUGAUGAGCGGCACUCUCCCAUCACUCAAGUCCCACAACCCUUCCAAUUCUUCCAACUCCAAUCCACCAAUUCCCAACUCUGUGGGCUCCGGCCCUCCGCCCUUCACCUCAUCCACAGUCGACAGGGAGCGAGGGAUGGGGACUCUGGACAGGCUGAAGGGAGACAGGGAGAGCAACUCUAACACCCUCAAUAGAAAAACAACACCUGUGUAGAGGAAGGGUAUUAGAGGGAGAGGUGAGGAGGGAGGAGGAUGGGUAUUAAAGAAAGAGGGAAGCCAGAAAGGAGCACUGCAGGCUCAACAGGAGGUAGAAACACAGGCAGACAGGUAAAACGCUACAUCUCUCCCUCCAUGUUCACUGUUAUUUAGUCUACUCAAUCUCACUGAGGAUAAAAAGAAGAGUAAUAACAGAGCGAUAAUAACAACAACAAUGAACUUUCACAAUAAAACUAUUUUGAUAUUUUAAUGUGCUAGAAAUGAUUUAUUUUGUUAAUGAUCAAACGCAAUUAACCUUGGGCUAUUAUGAAAAUGUUUCACAUAAUUUUUGUGCAAUAUUACCGCUAAUUUAACCAGGCCAUCAUUGAUGUAAAAUUGUUGUUGUGAUUAUUCUUAGAGUUAUUACAGGCUAGCUGUAUGUGCAAACACUAUAAUUUAGAAUGAAAUUUUAAUUUUCACAUUUUUUUUCCUUUAUGACUUUUACUGUGAAUCUCUUCCAUGCAGAGCCACUGGGACUAACAGUGAGCUGUAAUAUGUCAGUGUCCAGCAUGAGUGUACACAAUAACAUGGGAGAAUGAGAGCCUGUAUAAUUAUUUUUUCUUUUUUUAACCCAAAUGUUGUAUGAUUUUCAUUAAUAAUGAAGUCAGAUGUGAAUACUGUAAAUUGUCUUCCAAUAUUGAUACUGAAAGAAAUGCAACAAUAAUGUGAGUGACUGCGACAGCUCACCAACUUCAUUGUUAUUAUGAGUCUGAGUUUUCUAUGGGCCUCUGUUAGUCUUAUUUCCAUUCUAAUCAGUGUGAACAGUAGUAAUUGUAGCUCUAGUCGUGUUGAAGAUGUUUGUUCUUGGGCAUUAACAGAACCUCUGCUCAGACGUAGCAGGAAAAAAAAAAAGAGACAUAGAAUUACACAUUUGUACAGAAUCAGGUGAAGGUUGCUGCCUGAGGAGAAAAACAAAACAAAAAAAAGCAGAUUUUUUCUAUGAAAAGUCCCAAAGUGACACAUGCAAAUCAUCAUUUUCAGUGGCAAAAAAGAAAAAGACUCUGUAUAUGUGGGUUAAAGGGUUUAAAAAAGAUACCUGUACAUUGUAAUUAUGCAUACAUAUAUUUGUAACGUCUAUAGACAUGUUUCUCGGGACCACUGUUCAAAAUGGGUAUGCAUUUUGGAACGAGCCGGUUUGGCUUAAGUGUUUUGCUCCCAGUGCCGUCCCUGGACUCUUGUCGGGUGGUUUCAACCGCCAACCCUGGCCCGCCAUAUCUGCCCAUUUACGGCCACACGAUCAGUGUUUUCCCUACUUUAUCACCAAUGGCGGCUUCACCACAGACAACCCCUUAAGCUCCCCAAAGAUUCCUUUCACUGUGCUUCCCCAGUAACUCCUGAGUCUGAACUCUGCGCUGUUUAUGUUGAUGAGAAUGUAGACACAUGUAACACCCAGCCAUCCCACCCUCUUCCAAACUGUCCCGAGUGACUGCAGAUCUAGGUGGAAACUGUGGAUUCACCUGCUACGUGGUAUAAUGAAGAAACAAAAACAAUGACCAGAUGCUUCCAGAUUAUUUUCAUUUCUUUGAUUUCAUUUCAGAAAAAGAAAAAAAAUGUGAUUAAAAAUGCACACAGAUAGCAUUUAUGUGGGCAAUAUGAAUAGUAUGUAGUUGAGAAUAGAUAUAUCUAGAUAAAUGAUUAUGGUUUAUCUAAAUGUGUGAUAAACUUAAAACACUGUAUUGCACGAAGUUUAUAAAAAAAACAAUAACAGAAA